AUGGCAGGUGAUCUUGUUCUGCUUACCGGCGGCACGGGCAUGAUAGGGUUUCGAACCUUGGUGUUUGUGCUACAAAAAGGUUUCCGUGUCCGUUGUGCAGUCCGCAACCAAGCUGGGUUUGAGAGAAUCAAAUCUUUGCCCUCCAUCUCCAACUACGUUGACCGUCUCGAACCCGUGAUUGUUCCAGACAUUACAGCUAAAGGAGCAUACGACGAGGCUGUCCAAGGCGUCAAAUAUAUCUUACACAUAGCUUCUCCUUUAGCCUCGCCAAACUUUACGGAUUUUGAAAAUGAAGUUAUUAUUCCAGCUAUCAAGGGAACCGUUGGAAUUCUCGAAUCGGCAGUCAAGCCGGCCGCCAAGGGCAUCAAAAGAGUCGUGAUUGUGUCUUCAAUCGUUGCACUUGUCCCUCCUCAAGCGAUGUUUGGACCUGAUCCAAAAACCUAUACCGAGGCGGACCGCGCACCUGAGCCACAAGGUGGAUACGAAAAUGGCAUGGCCGCAUAUAUAGCUUCGAAAGCAUUUGCGCUGCAAGCGACGGAGGCUUUUGUCAAAGAAAAGCAGCCGGAAUUUGACGUGGUCAACAUUUGUCCCAGCUACGUGCUCGGACGAGACGAAACUGUAACUGAUGCUAAACAAAUCACAAAGGGCACAAAUGGCUUUGCAGUCGGUCAGUUGUUGGGAAGUCCAGCUCCUUAUUCGGUACCAUCGGCAUCGGUGCAUCUCGAUGAUGUGGCUACGCUCUUGGUCGAAAGCCUGAAUCCUCGCAUCCCUGGAAAUCAGUGCUACCUUGCUACCUCGCAAGCGAUUGAAGGCACUACUUGGGCCGCAGCUUUUGAUAUUGUCAAAAGGUACUACCCGAAGCAAGUAUCGGAGGGCAUCUUGAAGGUUGAUGGCAAGUCUACGUCGACCAAUCCGAUCCGGUUUGAUCCUAGCCAUACGGAGAAGACGUUUGGAAUCACGUUCAAAGGCUAUGUGGAUCAAAUAACUAGUAUUGUCGACCACUAUCUGGUACUCCUUGGAAAGGAGUAG